UAUUACUGGAGAGUCAAUUGCAGGAGGCGGCAUGUCAGGAAAGGCGGCCGGCUGCUGAUCUCACUCUGGUCUUCGCUGUCUGUCCUGGGCUGGUUCUGGUUAAGGGGUGGCGGGCAGCGCUCCCCUUUACGGACCGGCAGGAUGCGCUUGGCUGUGGCCGGCUGCUGCCACGGCGAGCUGGACAAGAUCUAUGAGACGCUGGCGCUGGCGGAGCGGCGUGGCCCGGGGCGGAUAGACAUUCUGCUCUGCUGCGGCGACUUCCAGGCAGUGCGCAACGAGGCCGACCUGCGCUGCAUGGCCGUGCCGCCCAAGUACCGCCACAUGCAAACCUUCUACAGGUAUUACUCUGGGGAGAAAAAGGCCCCAGUUCUCACGAUUUUCAUUGGGGGAAACCAUGAAGCCUCAAAUCAUUUGCAAGAGUUACCCUACGGUGGCUGGGUAGCACCAAACAUUUAUUAUUUAGGUUUGGCAGGAGUAGUAAAAUACCGAGGAGUAAGGAUUGGUGGAAUCUCUGGUAUCUUUAAAUCUCAUGACUAUCGAAAAGGUCAUUUUGAGUGCCCCCCUUAUAAUGCAGCUACAAUAAGGAGUAUAUAUCAUGUGAGAAAUAUUGAAGUCUACAAAUUAAAACAGCUGAAGCAGCCUAUGGACAUAUUCUUAUCUCAUGAUUGGCCAAGAAGUAUCUAUCAUUAUGGAAACAAGAAGCAACUUCUUAAGACUAAAUCUUUUUUCCGACAAGAAGUGGAAAAUAACACACUAGGAAGUCCCGCUGCCUCCGAGCUUUUAGAGCACUUAAAACCUACUUACUGGUUUUCCGCCCACCUCCACGUAAAGUUUGCAGCCUUGAUGCAGCACCAGACCAUGGAUAAAGGACAGUCAACCAAAGCAACCAAAUUUCUAGCCUUGGACAAGUGCUUACCACACAGAGACUUUCUUCAGGUAAUAGAAGUAGAACAUGACCCCAGUGCUCCUGAUUCCUUGGAAUAUGAUGCUGAAUGGCUCACUGUUCUCAGGGCUACUGAUGAUCUUAUUAAUGUGACUGAGCGCCUGUGGAAUAUGCCUGAGAAUAAUGGCCUGCAUACAAGAUGGGAUUACAGUGCGACAAAAGAAGCUAUUAACGAAGUACUGGAGAGAUUGAAUCAUGACCUCAAAGUUCCAAAUAACUUUAGUAUAACAGCUGCUUGUUAUGACCCUAGCAAGCCGCAGACACAGAUGCAGUUGGUUCAUAGGAUCAAUCCUCAGACGACUGAAUUUUGUGCCCAACUUGGCAUCACAGACAUUAAUGUCAGGCUUCAGAAGGCCAAGGAAGACCAGCACUUGUGUGGUGACUAUGAAGGGCUGGAUGACGUGGAGGGUAAUGACUCUGGAGAAGACCCUAGUGAAUAUAACACAGACACAUCUGCCCUGUCCUCUAUUAAUCCAGAUGAGAUCAUGUUAGAUGAAGAAGAGGAGUAUGAUGAUAGUAUUGUAAGUGCACACAGUGACGUGAAUACACCGUCUGUAGAACCGUCUUCUGAUCAAGCUUCUGACUUUUCUGCAAGCUUCUCUGACAUCAGGAUCUUGCCAAGUUCCAUGACUGUAUCUUCUGACGAUACUUCAGGUUCCCCAGUGUGCAAGGAGGGGAAUUCUGGUGACCCUGUGGAGGUGGGGGAUGGAAAGGACUUAACCACGGUGCCAUUGAAGAGGCUGAGUGAUGAACAUGAACCUGAACAAAGAAAGAAAAUCAAGAGAAGGAAUCAAGCCAUCUAUGCCGCAGUGGACGAUAAUGAUACAGCCUGAGACAGUUUACUCGUCUUAGUAUUAUAUGUGUAGAUACAUGAUUUUUAAGACUAUAUUUUUAGAAUUGGAUCUUUGACUCCAGACUUGUUUGUAAUAAUGAAGUUACAUAAGACGAUUUUAGUUAGGUAUAGACUUUAUCUUUAGAACUUUGUAUAUUUCAGAUGAAAAAGAUAUUAAAAUUUCAUAUAUUUACUUGA